CAUUCAUUGAUCGUUCCAAUAGCGCGCCGCACGCUCAGCGCAGCGGACAAGUGAGCUGAAAAAGUCAGGCUUCUCGUACCGCGUAUCUCGUAUCCCACCGCCCACUUAAACCGCCGCUAAACCUGGCUAACGGAGUCAAAGCCAACUGAGGAGCAGUCAGCUGAUUUGGCUGCCAUCCCAUUCCGAUGCCGAUUCCGAUUCCAUUCCAAGCACAUUGACGAUGCGAUCCAUCCGCGAGAUAUAAUAUCUUUUCAGUGCACAGCCGACAAGCGCAGCAGGCGGACGCAGCGCAGCAUUUUCUCCGUGUAUAUUUUCGUACAUGCCAACUCGGGACAUUGGAUACAGAUACAGAUACACAGCCGAGCGGUACGCGUACUCAUAGAUAUUUUUAGCAACCGGCCUCACGCACACCGCCGCCUAUAUAUUGGUUCCGCUGUCGCACCGACACACGCGGCUUGCACGUUUUCAUCGGAAAAUCUUCGAGGCUUUUCCUCAAGAAUAAAAAAAAAAACCAACGCGAAAAACAAACAAACCAACGUUCUUAUCAAUAAUUUAAAUCGCCCCGCGAAACCCAUUCAAAAUCAAGUCAAACCAAAAAACAAGUUCUUGAGUUAUUUUGAGGAAAUAAAACUGAAAGCAAAUCUCUUUUUUGUUGUGUUAAUAUGCCAAAUAUAUGCAUGAGCUAAUAACUUUAAUUCCGAUAAAAAUAAGGAAAAAACAAAAACCCAAAACAAAACAAAAUUCAAGAAGAGAUCGCAUAUCAAAAUUAGUUGGGUGACUAAUUAGCUGAUGCGUUGUCGGAAUUUCAAUUUGCAUACUUUGGCGCAACUUUAAUGAACCAAAAAUUAAAAUAAAAACAUCAACAAAUCUUAAUCAGAGUGCACAACUAAAUUGAAAAGAUCCCGUGCAAUCCCGGCCAGCCAUAUAUUGUUGGAUUUAUGAAAUCAAAAAGAUGAAGUCCAACACGUACGAGCUGCACAACUACGCCGAUCUGAAUGACAUGGAUGACCUGGCGGAGGAGCCCAAGGACUCCAGGAAACGAAAGACCAGUGCCCGUGGUGAAAAGUACUCCCUGCGGCAGAAGCGACAGAAGAGGAGCGCCACUGAUGAGGCAGAAGGCCUUCCCGACUUUCACUUGGAACUGGAUCACCUAGUGGAACCCGCUGGUAAAUCCAGGAAAAGCACCACCACCAAAUCCAAGACGAAAGCACCGCCUUUGAGCAAAUACCGGCGGAAAACGGCCAAUGCCAGGGAGCGCACCAGAAUGAGGGAAAUCAACACGGCCUUCGAGACCCUGAGGCACUGUGUUCCCCAGGCGAUAACCGGCGAGGAUGCGGCCAAUACCAAUGAGAAGCUCACGAAGAUCACCACCCUGCGUUUGGCCAUGAAGUACAUCACCAUGCUGAGCGCUUCGAUGAGGGAUCCGAGCUAUGAGAGUGAGUUCAUAGGCGAGUGCCUGGAGGAGAGUGCCAAUCGGGAGACUUUCACUGCCAGCGAGGAGGCCGAGGAGGUGGAGGUGGAGCUGCCCAUUCCGGUGCCUGUCAAGAAGCCAGCCAAGAGCAAGGCCAGUGGUAAGAAGAACGCGACGGCCGGCAAAAGACAGAGCCAAAAGCAGGGGAAGAUGGUGCCGCAGAUACCUGCGCCUCCUCCAAUUAGCUCAGGGGAAUCCUGCUAUGCCACCUCCUCCAUAGGAUCGCCCGCCUCCUCCGCCUAUGCCUCCCUCUCCUCCGCCUCCUCGUCGAAUAGCCACAGCAGCAGCAGCAGUCCGGGAUUGGAGGUGGACAGCCUGGUGGAGCUGCAGGAGAUGAGCGCCCUGGACUCCCUGCUCCUCGAUGCCUCCGAUGGCGAUUCCCUGUCCUGCUUGAGUCCCGGCUACGGAAGUCUCUUGACUGGCAGUGGGGAAUCCCUGUUGCCAGGUUGCCGGGGGGAUCUGCCCAUGUCGGGCCUGGAGAAAUCCGAUGUGGAGCUUAGUCUGCGAUUACUGGACCACCGAUCCAUGGACUCCUUCGACUUUGCCAGCGAUCAGCAGCCCUCGUCCUGCAUCGCAGCCUUCUCCUCCCUGGACAGUUUCUCCUACAAUCUGCUGGACGGCGAUCUAACGGACAUGUUUCUCGCGUGACGCGUAUUUAUUAAAUACUUAGCUACCCUACUCAACUACUCUCUUUUUAAGUUUAACCCUCGUCUUAAGUUAGAGUGCAAGUUUUAACCCGACUUUCACAUACUUAGCCAUUUACAUUGCGAUGCGCCCGAGUGGCGGAAUUCAUUGUGUCAUAGAGAGCAGCUCGAAGGAUAGCCACAUAUGUCCACGUCCUGCGAAAAGAAAAGCUGCUCACCGCCACAUCCACAUGAUAACUCAACACAACUAGUGAUCUAAGCAUUUCUUUGUGACGCAUUUCUCGUUAUCGUGUAAAUAAAGCACCCAGUGUUGUUUCAUGAA